CUAUUCUCAUCGUCUAAUCACUGAUUCACUGUCUCUCUCUAUCUCUCUCUAUCUCUCAGGAAUUACAGAAGCUUUCUACAACGACAACAAUGGCAUACUCGAGCUGUCUGAUGGUGUUGCUGGUUGCAUUGAUCGCUGGAUCUGCUUUCGCUCAGUCACCUACGGCUGCGCCAACGGUUUCGCCAACGGCUUCGCCCACCGCCGCACCUCCUUCACCUGUCUCCGCUGUUCCUACUGCCUCACCGACUGAAGCUCCAUUGGCUUCUCCACCUGCUCCUCCUACUUCUCUAGCUCCAUCUUCUCCAACCGCUUUUCCUCCUUCGAUCUCAUCGACUCCCACCGGUUCACCUACCUCUACUCCUAACUCCGCUAGCUUGAACAGAGUCGCCGCCGCCGGAUCCGUUGCCGUGGUUGUCUUAGCCGCUGCUUUCGUUCUGUAGAGAUAGAUCUAGUGGCGUUCAUGAUUUUCACAUUGAGUGAGGGUUUCUGAAUAUCGAUUCGUAUGAUAUUCCAGUUCAUUGUUACUAUUAUUUAUUUAGUAGUUGAUUUUAGUAAUUUGUUGUAUGUCGAUCUCGGAUUCACGAUCUAGUACUCGAUUUGUUGUUGUUAUCAUUAUCAUUUUAUAUACCGAUUUGUUCAUGAGUUCA